AUGAGGUCGUCAGUGAAGGUCGUGGGCAGCGGGGGGCUGAGGCGUCUGCGGGGGCCGGAGGAGAAGAAGGUGCAGCGGGGGUCUGAGGAGCAGCCAGCUACUGCCUCGGUUGCACUCCUGGCUGUAAGCUGUGUUAAGUUCAGGCAGCUAGCAGUGCUGGGGUCGCACCUCUUUCUGUGCAGAGGCGAGGAGAAUGUUGCUGCCUUCACAGUACCUUCGGCUACUAGGAAGCACCAGCUUCAAGUCCAUUUGAACGUCGGCAGCUCCGCCUCCUCCGUCACGAAGUAUUCUCUCAUCGGAUUUCUUUGGGCGUCUACAAAAGCCCCCGAAAGCCACGACAACGCCGUGAAGCAAAAUAUCCUUUCAGCGUAA